UCUCUCUCUCUCUCUCUCACUGAAGCGGCGGCCAUGGAAGCAAAUCGAACUCCCAAGCGACCUCUGGGCAUCCGCACCCGCAGCCAAUCUGAGAUCCAGCUCCACCGCACCCGCUCGGGUCGGGUCAUCAACAGCUACCUCACUAGCUCCGAGUCGGACCGGAAAAGACCCAGACCAAUGGAUUCUUCCGACGGCAACGUCCUCCUCAACUCUCUGAUUAAGGACCUCCGCGUCAAACGGGUCUUUUCCCAAACCUACAAGCCGCCCGAGAAUCUAAUCAACGACGCCAAAUCCGGCGCCGUAUUCUCUCUGGCUGAACCGGACGGUAAUUCAAAGGAGGCGAAGAGUGAUCGGGUCGAGAGUUGUGCAAAUCGGUUUGAUUGCUCAGCUCCAGAUAUGGAUGAGUCCAAGAGUAAAGAGCCUGAAAAUUUGGGAUUAGGGUUUCUGGCUGAAUCCCCAAAUUCUGCAGAUAAGAUUGCCGGUGGUUCCGGUUCCGAUCCGGAAUCUUCUCAGACCUCACCACCUGAGGCGAAGGCAAACGGAGUUGAGCUCAAAAUCGAUAAUGUAACCAAAAUGGUCCUUAAGACUCGAAAGAGAGUGUUUAAAGCGCCCAGCUCGUUUAGUUAUAGAAGAAUGCUUCCUUAUCUGAAGGAUAUCACCAAAGACAACUCUUGCAUGCUAGAUUUCUGUGAAUUGCCAAAUCGUGGUAAAGGUUUGGAAGGAAAAUCUUUCCGGAGUAAGCUUGUUUCUGAUAAUCAAGAAACUUCUGUACAUCAAUUUACUAAACAAAAUUUCUCUACAGAGUGUCAUGACAUUGAUUGUUCUACUCGGCUGGAAACUGUACAAGUUUCUUCCCAUGUUUUAUCUAGUGGUAAUGACUUCAGUUCAGAAUCUCCUGAAUAUGUUCCUAAAUCACCGCCUAUAGUAGUGGUUGAUCAGUGUCUGCCAAAGCCACCUGUUGAUGGACAGAAUGAGAAAAUUGAUUUGGGAGUAUCUUGUGAAGUUCAGAAGUUAAAUGUCUCAGAACCUUUUCGCUCUUCAGCUAUGGAGGAUUCUCAAAUUAACACGGAUGGUGUAAUGGUCAUGUGUACCGAUGAUAAUACACCAGUGGAAAAUGUGGAUACUGCUGUUAAGGAUGAUAUUGUGUCCUCUUCCGAAGAUCAAAAUGUGAAAGACAUAAAUCCCCAGUCAUCUUCAAUCAUGGAUGACAGAUAUUCAUCUAAGGACAAUGAAGUGGUUCAGCACAAGGAAAACUCAAACCAGGCUCAGAAUGAAGGGAUUAGAAAAACUGAUAUGGGGUAUCCUUGUAAAGUCCGACAUCCAAAUCAUAUAAAUGAGCAGAGAGUUGGUGAUGCUGAAGAGGCUUUGAAUCAGAUAUGUGACUUGAAUGAAGAAUCUAUCCAGAUGACACCUCCAGAUGCUGAGAUCCUUGAUAAAUUACAGGUGGAAGUAAAAGGAAUUGGUAGAGCUGGAUAUCUUCAUCAGAGUACAGAUCAAGGUCUUGGGAAGACAAGCAGUGGAAUUAAUCAUAUAGAUGCUUCAUGGGUUGAUCUUGGACAUGAAUGUAGUCCUAAGAGAAAACCGGUUUUAAAUCCAUGUUCAAGGCUGAAGUUAUUUAAAAGUCCGGGGUCAGUCAGCUAUAGAAGAUUGCUUCCAUUUCUUAUGAAUAUGGAAAAAAGGACUUCAGUAUCCAGUCAUUUUGAAAGUACUGUUAAGGAUCUGGAACAAAGGCAACCACCGACUCCCCCUCAGCUAGGACCUCUGAUGGAUAAAUCAAAUGUUGUUUUGUUUCAUACAGAGCCUGGCACAACAACACCUCAAUUGACAAAUGCUAAUGGUUCAUCUAAUGUUGAUGGACCAAAUUUAACAUCUCCUAAAUGUGUCACUGGAUCUCAAAUGUCAUGUAAUGUACAAAAGGAAAUGCAUGGUCAACAUUCUGUGUCAGGUAAACAGAGUAAACUGGACAUUUCCCCUGACAUUGUUGUGAGUUUGGGACAGGAAGCUGAACUACCAGUCCCUAUAUUGGGCCCUAAUAAGACUGAAUCUCCUUCUGAAAAAGAUGGUGCAAGAAUAUCCUAUCCAGAAUUACCAGUCACAAGGGUGUUAUCUCUUGGCACUGUCAAGGACUGCAUCAGCUCAAAAGCAGCCUUAACUGAUGGUGGGAAGCCAGUGGAAGCCAAUAACUUGGGUUAUAACUCAUCUGAAAUUGAUGCCACAGUUUCUUCAGUUACUCAGGCGGAUGCAGUCAGAAAAGGGAUCCUUAAAAGAAAUCCACGAGGAUGCAGAGGACUCUGCACUUGUUUGAAUUGUGCCUCGUUUCGACUCCAUGCAGAGAGAGCAUUUGAGUUCUCGCAAAAUCAGAUGCAAGAUGCUGAAGAAGUAGCUUUGGAUUUGAUGGCGGAAUUAUCAAAAUUGCGUAAAUUAUUAGAAAAGUCAGCUGCUACUGCAAAUGAUGAUGUCGUCACUUUAAAUGAGGUGAAAAGUGCUUGCAGGAAAGCAUCUGAAGCAGAAGUCCUUGCAAGAAACCGUCUUGGGGAAAUGAAUUAUGAUCUCAACAUUCACUGCAGAAUCACAUGCUUGCAUGAACCAAGGGUCAGGUUUGCAAAUCACAGUGAAGAAAAAGUCAUUCCAAAAGCAAAGUGUUCAAGUGAUUAGAUAGAAUUGCCAUUCUUUGUUGUUAUGUCAGUAGGUUGAUUAGUUGUCACCUUGUGCAUAUAUGCCAGGUGGCUUUGGUUGAAUUGCAAGUGUGAAGAAAUUGUAUCUGGGGUACUGGGGAAGAUGAUUAACAGAAAUGUGGCUGGAGAACGAGAAGCUGGUUAUAGAUAAACAAAGAUAGAAUGAAAAAACUGAGAUUGUUGCAUCGGUUUUCUACAUAGCCAUUGUUUACACUUUCAUGGAUUCAAAAUUUUAACUAAUAAUAAUCUCAAGUUUCUGCAUAAUUGUUGUUUGAGUCAUGUCAAU